UGCAGACUGCUUCUACAAACAUUUGAAAGACUGUGCCAUAAAUCCAUCCAUGAAAUUUCCUGGCCACUAAAUAUUCCACGGUCAACUGUUAGUGUUAUUAUAACAAAGUGGAAGCAACUGGGAACAACAACUCAGCCAGGACAUGGUAGGCCAUGUAAAAUGACAGAGCGGGGUCAGCGCAUGUUGAAGCGCACAUUGCUCAGAAGUCGCCAACUGUCUGCAGAGUCAAUAGUUAAAGACCUCCAAACUUCGUGUGGCCUUCAGAUUAGCACAACAACAGAGCGUAGAGAGCUUCAUGGAAUGGUUUUCAAUCCAAGCCUUACAUCACCAGGUGCAAUGCAAAGCAUCAGAUGCAGUGGUGUAAAGCAUGCCGCCACU